UUAGGUUGACGUGUAUGUUCACGCAGUCGGCGCAAAUACUGAAUGAACAUCUCUUAAACAGUUAUUCAUUUCAUACUGGGUUGAAGACAUGGCUGGGGAAAUGUCUAUGAUAGGUUCUGUCAUCCUGGCUCUACUUCUGGCUGGGUAUCUGGGACAGCAGUAUCUACCACCUCCAAAGCCCAGGGUCAUCGGGCUGGAUCUUGGGACCACGUUCUGCUCUGUGGGAGUGUUUCAGCCUGGCACUGGCGAGAUUGAAAUUAUCGAAGAUGACAAAGGUCGCAAAAGCAUCCCGAGUAUGGUGUCAUUCACCCUGACCGGUGUGUUUUCUGGACAUGAGGGCCAGGAACUGGCUGACAUAAAUCCUCAAAAUACAAUCUACGAUGCCAAGAGAUUUAUAGGGAAGAUUUUUGAUGAAGAGACUUUAGAAAAAGAGAGUGCAAGAUACCCAUUUAAGGUGAUAUUCAACAACGGCAGUGCAGAUUUUUUAGUCAAUACGAACAGCACUUUCACGGUUACUCCUGAAUUUAUUGGAUCCCGUCUCCUCCUGAAAAUGAGGAAGAUGGCUGAGAAGCAGCUGGGAGUCCCUGUCGAGAAAGCGGUCAUAUCAGUGCCGGCAGAGUUUGAUGAGAGGCAGAGAAACUACACCAUAAGAGCUGCUAACCUAGCUGGACUGGAUGUCCUGCGGGUGAUCAAUGAGCCCACGGCAGCAGCGAUGGCGUAUGGACUGCAUAAAGCUGAUGUGUUUAAUGUGCUGGUUGUGGAUCUGGGAGGAGGAACACUAGAUGUGUCACUGCUCAAUAAACAGGGUGGCAUGUUCCUCACCAGAGCAAUGGCAGGUAAUAACCAGCUCGGAGGGCAAGACUUCACCCAGCGUUUGCUCCAGUACACCACAGAGCGAGUUCGGCAGCAAUAUGGCGUUCCUCCCACUCUUAAAGAAGACAUCCAUCUCCUCCGACAGGCUGUAGAGGCCGCUAAACUCAACCUCACCCAAAAGCCUCACAGUUACCUCCGAGUCCCUCUGCACCUCCAGACGACAGGAGCCAAUGGAGCGCAACAGGAGAAAGUCCUGUUUGAGGAAAAGCUGACCAGGGAGACAUUUGAGGAGCUAAAUGCAGACCUCUUCCAGAAGAUCCUGGCUCCCAUCGAGACAGUCCUCAUCGAGGGCCAUCUGGACAAGCAGGAGGUGGAUGAGAUUGUCCUGGUCGGAGGGUCUACGCGGAUCCCUCGCAUUCGGCAGCUCAUCAGUCAGUAUUUCGGAAAGGAGCCGAACACCUCGGUGGACCCGGAUCUGGCAGUGGUGACCGGUGUUGCCAUUCAGGCAGGCAUUAUGGGUGGUUCUUGGCCUCUUCAAGUCAGCGCAAUUGAAAUUCCCAAUAGGCAUCUUCGCAAGACUAACUUCAGUUGAUUUAUUUUUAUUUUUUUGUCAUGUGACUGCUUUGUGCCAGCAAACCAAAAAACGGUUGAGUGACAUUGCUUCCUCAUGUCUUUGCUUCCUCAAAUGCAUUAGUUUCAGAGUAAAUCAAGACCAACGCAGCAGUUACUUGAGGAUGUGGUCUUCAGAACAGAUGCAGAGUAUUUAUUUAGUUCUUCAUUAUAUAAAUAGCAUCGAGAAGAUGCUGGUCUACUGUAUCCUGAGCAAGUGUCUGUUUUGGGGUGUGCGAUAUUAUAUUAUAUAAUAUCAAAAUUGUGGUUAUAAUAAUGUGCGAGCAGUAUUGUGAGUGUGCAUUAUCAUGUCAGUUACUUUAAGGAAAAAAGCAAACAAAAACAGUUAUAUUUAUAAGAAAUCAUCUGAUUAACUGAUAUCGCUAAAGCAAGGGUGCAGUUUUUGAAAUGUCAACUUCAAUGCAAUAGUGAUUUAGCAACAGUUUAAAAACAGUUCAUAUUAAGUGACAUUUUAGACACGAUAUUGUCAGUUUUUUUUUCCAAAGACAGUACAAGUUGGUUUACAGCAGAACAUUUGUGCAUCUCAAAGUGAUUUCCUGAAUGAAUCUUGGAACAAAUCAUUCGAGUCAAUAGUCGGGCUGGGCCGAUAAACGAUAUUAUAUCGAAUCGCGAUUAAACUGUCAAUAACACCGAUGAGCUCUGGACUUUUUUACUCUAUAUUGACCUAAAAGCCAAUUACACAGCAGAAAUGUACAACAAUGAGAAUCUAAAAGUGUGUUGAUAUUAGAGAUACCGAAUUUUUGGCCAGUGAAAAUUUAUCAUGCAGAAAUAUGUUGAAAUUUAAUAGACCCUCUAAUUUUUGUGGCUUCAAUCAUUGUCGGGGCACCAUUAAAUCUGGAAGCAUGAACAACUCAUAUUGAAAUAUAUAUUGUUAUCAUUCAGUAUGGAAAAUAAUUAUUGAGAUUGCAUUUUUGGCGUAUCACCCAGCCCUAGUCAAUAGCUGGGUUAAAUAUCGCAUGAGAAAUGAGUGAUGGAAAUGCCUAAUUUCGUAUAAAAAGUCCUUAAUUAACUUCAAGUGGUUUUGCGAAUAACGGGUGACUGAAACUGAUUUGCCAGUUAAACUCAGAUGUAGCAAACAUUACACCCACGUGACCUGUCUACAUUAUGCUUCGUUUACUGUUGGUUAAUAGGUUACCAAUACUGUAGUCAGCCACUCCAUCAACUUGAUGAAAAUGCACCUAAUCCACACUUGGAAAUUUAUUCCCGUUUUUUGCGAACUUUGAAAGCAUUUGCGUCAUGUAAGAAAAGAAACCAGGGUAUUAAUAAUUUUAUAAAGUCAUGCUUAGUUAAGCUAUUUUAAAAGAAUCAUUUAAAUGAAUGAUUCAGUGGAUCAUUCAUUAAAAAAGAGAAUUGUCGCCAUCUACUGGCGGUUUUACAAUCCUGUUUAUUCAACCAUGACAGGCCUAAACCAGCCAAAAGUUACUUUUAACUAAAUAUUAAUUACAGUUAUCAAAAUUAAAAACAAAAACUGAGAAAAAUAUCACACACGGCUACUUGACAAUAUGGGUUAGUUUAUUGCCAUCUGUGUGCCUAAAUGGUACAGUACUUAAUGUGCAAUAAGCAGUUUGUAUAUAACUGAAUAAUCAUUCCAGUCUCGGCUAUUUAUUUAUUUAUUUUGCAGAAGCUAGCUAUCUUUUUUAGUUGUUUCUGGUUACUAGACUUUUGCGUGUGCCUUUUGUAUUGCCACAUUUAAAUGUUCGACAGACCAUUGUCUGAUUUUAUUAUUAUUAAAAACCUUUUUUUGUUGUAAACUGUAAUACCAUCUCCCAACUGUUAAAUACAAGUAAUGUAAAUUAAACCAGCAUACUAAAGCUUUUUAUAAGAAUGUGAAUUUAUAUAUAUAUAUAUAUAUAUAUAAUUUAUAUAUUUCUUGCUUAGUUUCACAUAUAAAAACUGAAUUACAAUUAACUACAUGGACCAAAAAAUAAAUAAAUCAAACGUUUUGUGUUGUUGGCCUGUUUGUUUACAUACAUUACUAAACUCUCAAUAUUAGGAGUAAAAAUGCAUAAUAAAGUGUGAACAGCUUAAUGCACUUUACAGUACAAAGGGAAAACAGUCCAUUUAUUGAAAUGUUCUGAAUGCGUAUCUCUAGACUUCUUUAAGAUGUUCAAUUGUUAUAAUUCUAUUUUUGUACAGUCCUGUACCAUUUCACGUGUUGCAUUUGUGCACAGGACAUGACUGUGUGUCAUUAAAGUCAUUAACUUUUGCUACUGUGCAAAUAAAAAAACACUUAAAUCUGCAGUUUUGUUUAUUGAUUGAUCUCUGAAACACAUCAAUACAAAAUAAAAACAUCAAACA